CCUAGCUGAAAAUAAUAUUUUUUUCCUAAUGCACUAGCAAAUAAACCCUAGAACAAAUGUAACUACAGCUCUUCUUUUUAAAGUCAAAAUACUAGCCCCACUAUACAGUUAGAGAACUCAAAUGAAAACAGGAGUUUUUCAAAUUGUAAGUAUUUUCCAAAGUAAAUAUUUUCAAGUGUGGAUAAUACAUGCAUGUUUUCUGAACACAUGCAAAAAUUAUGUCUCUUUUAUUUGUAUGAAACAUUGUAUAGUCCUAAUUAGGAACAGUAUCUGUUGUUAUGGCAGUACUUUAUGAUAGGUUUUAAGCAAGCACCUAAACUUUUACAUGUUUAAUUUAGAAGUCCUUUUCAAUCACAGCAGGUAGGGGCAGACAGCAUAAUGGUAAGAGUAAUCUGUCUCUUCAAAGUUGUUGCCAUUUAAAACCAAAAUCCCUUCCUGAAUUAAUAUGUGAUUUUAUCAUAAUAUGCUUUCUGUGAAACAUCUUACCCACAAAUAUUAAGAUAAAAGUACUGGCACUGAUUUAGCUGAAUUGCACACAAAUGUACAUCACAGACUCAAUUCUAAAAGGCAUGGUACUUCAAUACAAGUCUGGAACAAGAAUAUAGCUUCAUCUAAAUCCAUUUAAGUUAGUAACAUAAAGCACAUCAUGAAACAAGAUGCCACAAAGCUAAAGGGUUAUCCUGUAUCUACAAGAAAAUGGUUGAGCUUAGAACAAUUGGAGCAAAUUAUUGUAGCAGCACUGGGAAUGCCUUAUCCCCUAAGACAGGCAUAGCCCUGCAGAGCCCUCCCUGCAGGCAUUCCCUGAGGAAACAACGAUUUUAAAUCAUCAGCAAUGCUCUUCUGUCCUCUUGUUGAAGGCCAGUGUACCCACAGCAGACAUGAAAGAACACGUCAUCCUAGAGUCACAGAAUGUGCUGGGGCUGGAAGGGACCCCCAAAGAUCAUUGAGUUCCAACGCACCUGUCAUAGUCAGGGACACCUUCCACUAGACCAGGUUGCUAAGGGCCUCAUCUAGGCUGUCCUUGUACACCACCAGGGAUAGGUAAUCCCAGUUUCCCUGGGCAAUCAGCACCAGGAUAUCUGCACCUCACAGUAAAGAAUAUCUUCCUAAUAGCUAAUCCAGACUUGCCCUUUUUCAGUUUAAAGCAAUUGUCCUUUGUCCUGUCACUAUCUUGCCAUAUAAAAAGGUCAUCACCCUUCUUUUCUCAAGUUGCCUUAAGGUACUGAAAGAUCAUAAUGAGGUCUUUUCAAAGCCUACUGUUAUCCAGGCAGAACUGCCCCAAAUAUCUCUGCCUGUCUUCAUAGGAUAGAGGCUUUAUCUCUCAGAACACCUCCUGGCUUCCUCUGGACCUACUCUAACAGGUCCACAUCCCUCCUCUGCUGGGGACCCCAGGGCUGACUGCAGGGUUCCAAGUGGGUCUCAGCAGGGCAGAGCAGAGGGGCAGAAUCCCCUCCCUCAACCUAUAGUACACACAUUUGAUGCAGCCCAGGACAUUUUUGGCUUUCUGGUAUGCAAGCACAUGAUGUCGGAUCAUGUCCACCUUUUAUCUUCUAGAAUCCCCAACCCCACAAGUAUGCUCUCAGUUUUCCCUAUUUCUUCUCAUGUCUGGGAGUGCUCUAGCCCAGGUUCAGUGCCUUGCAGUUGGACUUGUUGAGCUUCAUAAGGUUCUCAUGUGCCCCAUUCUCAAGCUUGUCCAGGUCCCUUUGGAUGGAAUCCCAGCCUUCUGUUGUGUCAACUGCACUGCUCAGAUUUGUGUCAUUUGAAAACUUGAGAUUGCACUCGAUCCCACUGUCCGUGUCACUGAAGUAAACACUGCAGAGCAGUGGUCUCAAAACAGAGCCUGAGGGACAUGACUCAUCACCAGCCUCCACCUCAGCACAGAGGCAUUGACCACAACUCUCUGGCUGCCAGCCAACUCUUUAUCCGUUGAACUGUCCAUCCAUCACAUCCAGGUGUUUCCAAUUUGGAGAUAAAGAGCUUCUGGAUAGCUUGUAGCUCUUGAUUGCAGUAGUCCAGUUGUAUGACUUUUUCCAGUGUUUCCAUCACAGCAAUAAUGGCAUUAUUUUCUAAUUUCACAACAGUUUCCAACUUCUCUUGCUUGUUAUCCAUGCUGUGUACAGCUGCGAAAGAGAACAUGUCUUAAAAACACUCUCCAUCUGCUUUAGUGCCAAGAGGGUUGACUUUAAUUAGGAUAGCUAUCUCUGCAAAUUAAGCCAGCCUUUGUACCAAACUGGAUGAGAAGUUAUCCCAGCUUCCAAACCAUUGGUUCAGAUGGGGCAAAUCUGGCAAGUGACAGCCACAGGGACUUACAAACAAGGGAUGAUAAUGUCUUUAGUCAGUGCGACCAUUUCUUCAGUGAGGUCUGCCCCAUACUUCUGACGUGACCUUGUAUCUAGCUAAGUAUUUUUAGCAGAAAUCUCAAAAGGAGGUUUCAAGGAUCUUUGCUGCAAAGUACUACAAUCUCAUAAAGCACAUUCCUGGUGGAAAACCCUGGCAGAGUCAAGGCAUCAGUGCAUGUAAAUCGGGGGCUGGCCAGGGAGUCCCAGCCCGGAGGGAUGCUCCCGGCUCCCGGCCAGGGCUCAGUCAGUGGUACGGCUGGCGACCAAGCCUUGCUGUAAGCUGGACAGCCGGAGGAAAGUUUCGUCAGUCCCGCUUUCUCUGUCCAUCGGUGUCUGCCGUGCGAGGACUGCUGCAUGCAACAGCCUGAAGCACAGGGCUCUGGACCUUCUGCUCCAGCUCUCCCGGAGGACCUCACAGCUGUUUCAGGCUGCAGAAAAAUGUACUGGGGAAAUCAUGUUAGAAUUCUUUUCACUGUGACUCUUGUCUGGCAGGCUGUUCAUUUAGAAAAAGGCCCUGAAAAAGAAGAAUGGAAAGAAGUUGUGAAAAGUCUCAAUGUUACAGCACAAAAGCAGCAGCCCAAGAAUGAAGGGACAUUAACAAAUGCGCUAAGUGAUAUGAAUCAGAGUUACGAAAGUAGAAAGCAACAGAGUUCCAGGUCUUUAGUACCUUUCACUGGAAUUACAGAGAGUAAAAAACUGAACAGACGCUGCUGCCAGAAUGGAGGGACUUGUAUCCUGGGGACCUUCUGUGCCUGCCUAAAGCACUUCACUGGCAGAUACUGUGAAUACGAUGAACGGCAAGGCAGCUGCGGCAGCAUUCCCCACGGCGUCUGGGUGCUGAAGGACUGUUGGCUUUGUCGGUGUGGCUAUGGCACACUGCACUGUCUCUCAGAAAUAACACAGAGUAACUGCGAACUGACAUCGGAAACAGAGGAAAUUAUCAAACUGUAUUCCAGUGGUUUAAGAUUACAGCAAGCACUGUUUUCAGUUACUUGCCUGCUUGUCAUCCUCCUGGAGUUCUGCUAGCUGGCACUUGUGAAACUGGACAAGGGGAAAUACUCAGGGUUGAUAUAACCCUCAUCA